CUGGGCUGCUGGUUACUGGUUAGUGCUGAGACGAGUCGUCCCGUUGCAGAAAGCCUGCACCAAAGAAUGUGGAUAAACCCGUUGUAAGACAGCACAAACGUUAGCCCUACGUGAAACGAUGGAGGUGCAGGACCAGGAGUCUCUGGGGAGAUGGGAGAGGCUGGGCAGCCGGGACGCCGGCUCCAGGGCUGAAGCGAUGGAGAGCAUCAGCCAGGAGGUCAUGACAAAAGUGGAGGCCAUCAAGCCCAUACCGGCGCUGGCCCCCUCGCCCCCGGCCUCGGGAAGCCCUCCCAACAGUGACCUGAACGACAUGCUGGCUCACCUUCUCAUGCUCUCCAAACGGUGUCCCUUUGAAGACACCAGGGAGCGCUGCAUUAUACUUCUCCGGGCCGUCCAGGACUUGGGAGUAAGGAUCCCAAGACCACUAGGCAACGGACCAAGCAGAUUUAUCCCAGAAAAGGAGAUUCUUCAAGUCAGUAAAGUGGACGCCAGGACACAGUUGAUAUUCGAGGAUGCGUUUGCAGCCCUCGGUCGCCUCGACAACAUUUCCCUGGUGAUGGGCUUCCACCCGCAGUACCUGGAGAGCUUCCUCCGGACGCAGCACUACCUGCUGCAGAUGGACGGGCCCCUGUCUUUGCACUACCGACACUACAUCGGCAUCAUGGCUGCCGCCAGACACCAGUGUUCCUACUUGGUCAACCUCCACGUGAACGACUUCAUCCAGGUCGGGGGGGACCCGAAGUGGCUCAACGGCCUGGACGAAGCCCCGCAGAAGCUGCAGCAGCUCGGGGAGCUCAACAAGAUCCUGGCCCACCGGCCGUGGCUCCUCACCAAGGAGCACAUCGAGCGCCUGUUGAAGGCAGAGGAGCACAGCUGGUCCCUGGCAGAGCUGAUCCACGCCGUGGUCCUCCUCACACACUACCACUCCCUCGCCUCCUUCACCUUCGGCUGCGGCAUCACGCCCGAGAUCCACUGCGACGGCGGCCACACGUUCAGGCCCCCCUCCCUCAGCCAGUACUGCGUGUGCGACAUCGCCAACGGCAACGGCCACGCCAACCACCACGACGAUUUCCUCGGCAACCAAGAAAUGUGCGGUGAGGUGGAGGUGCUGAUGGAGAGGAUGAAGCAGCUGCAGGAGUGUCGUGACGACGAGGAGGCCAGCCAGGAGGAGAUGGCGACCCGCUUCGAGAGGGAGAAGACCGAGAGCAUGCUGGUGGUCACGGCGGAGGACGAGGAGUGCGUCCCCUCGAGAGACGUGUCCCGCCACUUCGAGGACCCCAGCUACGGCUACAAGGACUUCUCCAGGAGGGGGGAGCAUGUGCCUACGUUCAGAGCGCAGGAUUACAGCUGGGAGGACCACGGCUUCUCUCUGGUCAACCGGCUGUAUCCAGAUGUGGGUCAGAUGCUGGACGAGAAGUUUCAGAUGGCCUACAACCUGACCUACAACACCAUGGCAACGCACAAGGACGUGGACACCAGUAUGCUGCGCAGGGCCAUCUGGAACUACAUCCACUGCAUGUUUGGCAUCAGGUAUGAUGAUUAUAAUUACGGGGAGAUAAACCAGCUUCUGGACCGCAGCUUUAAGAUCUAUAUUAAGACCAUGGUGUGCAGUCCUGAGAAAACAACCAAACGAAUGUAUGAGAGUUUCUGGAGGCAGUUUCAGCACUCCGAGAAGGUCCACGUUAACCUGCUUCUUAUGGAAGCGCGAAUGCAAGCAGAACUGUUAUACGCUCUGAGAGCGAUCACCCGCUACAUGACAUGAAGUGCUUUUGGCGUUUUCAUCGUUGUCUUUUUACUGUUAUUGUCGUUGCGCAUUAUGGGACACUUAAAGGAAACAAAUCAAAAGGGGUGGGGGUGGGAGGGGGAUUCAACAAAAUAUGUGGAGGAGAGCCCUGGGUUGUGACAGUGCUUGUUGGUUGGAUGUCAAGAAGAGGAUCAGAACAAAUGAGAAGCAAGAAAAAAAAAAGAUUACUGUCAGAGAAGAGUCAUCUCAAAAAAACAAGAGGAUACACAAACUCCUUUUUUUUUUUCUUAGUUUGUGCUGCCUGCAGUGCCAAAACUGACCAAGAGAGGGCAGCCUGGAGCAAACUCCAGCUCCGCUGGGGAGUUUGUGCUGGAGGCAACCGGGACUUCAUUUCAGUAUUCCAGCAAUGCAACACAUUGGUUGCCAAUCUCACCUGUCUCCUAUUAGAGUGAAGAACCAGAGGAAAAAGAAAAAGAAGAAAAAAAAAACCCAGAAAGAAAAAAAAACGUGCAGCCAGAAACAGUCUGCACUUUAAUUUUGUCGUCACUGUCAUGUUUAGUUUCUUUUAAUAUCUUUUUAUUUCAUUUUGUAUUAGGAGAAGUGUUGUCGAUGUGGUUGCUGGUGGUGACUGGAGGUGGACGCAUUAACUUUAGGCGGUGAUUUUUUUUUUUUUUUUUUACGUGUGCCUGAACUAUCCAGCACAGUGUGCAUACGUGCUGAUGCUGCUGCUCCCAUGUCGUAUUCAGAGGGGUCAUAUUGAUCCCCAAAUCCCCCCCCCCCUACUCCCCCCUUCCCCUCACCCCAAAUCCCCCCAAAACCCUUCAAACAAGCCCCUGUCCAUUAGAAAUCCACAGCAUUACCCCCUUCCCUGUUACCCUCUACCCAACAUCCCGAACGUCGAUGUAAGCUAAUCCAACGAGUGUGUGAAAACCAGAGGUGUGGAGAAAAAAAAACUCAAAAGAACACUGUCUGAGCCCUUUUUGAGUUUGACUGUAUUCGUGUGCGUGAGUCCUGUGUUCAUGAUGACUGAUGUGUGGAUGUUUGCGUGUGUUUUUACAGAAUUGAGGGAGAGAGGAGGAAAAAAAAAAAAAGUACGUCUUUGGAUUUCAUGUGUCAAAAAAAAAAAAUGUAAGCGAGGCACUUUGAAGGAAAGACUUCUUGCUUCUGCUGUAGCUCUGUUAUUGUGAGAUAACUGUUAAUCAUUUGUUGUUAUUUUUCUGGUAAUGGGAAAAAAAAAAUGUUUAAAAAAAAAAAAAAAGCUAAUCAAAAAGAAAGUUAGAAACCAGGUUUUCCAGGCGGGAUUUGCUUCCGGUUGCCCUAACCACACCUUUAUCUGUCUUCCGCUUAUCCCAGCUGCCUGGUCGCCCUAACACUUUCAAAAAGCUUUGGAUUGUGAAUUUUACCAGUGAACGAAUACCUCUUCUGUUUUGUUUUUUUUUUUCUCUAUGAAACAUAUAAAGAAGUGCUCUUCGGUGAGCAGAGACUCUUUCUGGGGCCGCCGAGUCCCCGCUGCUCGGGGACCCGGCUCGCCCACGCAGGGCCGACUGUGGUCGAUAGCUUUCGAACGCAGGAGGUUGUAGCUGUGCUUAUUUUCCCUGCUGGGGAAGUCUAACCAGUGCAAAAGCAGCUUUUUUUUUUUUUUUUUUUUUUUAUUUUGCACAGGGGUGUGAAACCUCUGCUGUUUUCGUUUUUUGUUUACUAAAAUCAGUAAAGUACUGCAUUCUUCUGAGAGUGGAUUGAAAGAAUCAGACAGAUGAAUGAGUGGUAUCCUGAUGAUGACGAUAACGACGGGGAGGAGGACGGAGCGGAGGCUGUGAUGAUAAACGAAUGGUACAUUUGGAAGUGGUUUGAGAGGAAGAGUUGUUUUUUUUUUUCAAACUUCUGACUGAUGUCAGUUACUGACACUUUUUUAUAUGAAAAAAUAUAUGAAAAAAAAAGAUGGAAAAAAAAUAAACUAUAAUAUUGAA